UGAACGUAAUUGUUUUUUGGGGGGAACUAUAUAUCAGAGCACCGGUAUGUAAGACAAGUGGCGGCACUUUCUGUGUUGUUCACCAUUUUGGUUGUCAUUGCCAUCCAUUGCAUCCAUUGUUCCGCCAAAAAAAACAGAGACAACAUAUCAGGUCAAUAGCCGUCGUCAACAUAAGUGUUGAGUCCAGUGAGACAGUGACCACAUUGUCGUUGUUGUCUUUACCGCACGUGUGGCCACACCUGUCAUCGACAGGCGAUAUAUCGAUACAAAAACAACUCAUUGUUUGUACAAAAAGACGUGAAGAGCGCGACUUCGACGAUGACAUCGAGUUCUGGACCCAAGUUCGCCAUCGGAGACCUGGUCUGGGCUAAGAUGAAAGGCUUCAGUCCGUGGCCGGGAAGGAUAGUGGACGGCUCGCAGACUAACUUGCGGUCACCAAAACCUCCGGGAAAUUUGCGCCAAAAAUCCAUACAAUGUGUGUAUUUCUUCGGCAGCAAUAACUUCGGUUGGAUUCAAGAGGACGCCAUCAAACCGUAUACCGAAUACAAAGAACAGAAUUGCAAACUAAAUAAGAGUCACGCAUUUAAAGAGGCCAUCGAAAAGAUCGAGGAAUUCAUGAAAACAGGAGAUCCAGCGCUGGCCGGAAUCGUCAACUCAGGUUCAAAUCUUCCUUCGAUAGAUGAGGAAAUUGCCACCAUUUUCACGGGUAACAAGAGUGAUGGCGAAGAGAAAAAGACGACAACCAACGCGACUACUACUCCCACUACUACACAACAGCGCGAUUACAGCCGAACGCCGUUUGGAAAGUCUAAAGCGGGUAAAAAGGUAUCGUCAACGCCGGCCAACGACGAGGACGUCCCGCCGCCACCGGCCAAACGCGCAAAGAGUUCGUCAAUCGAAGAGAACACUAACUCAUUGCCGGCUAAGUCACCGGCAAAAACAGCGGCCCGUAAUAUACUGAAUAGACAGUCGCAGUAUUUGCUUGACUCGAAUAGCACUACAAUCAAUGAUCAAACAGAAGUAGACAUGAAGAACGUGUCGGCCAAGUCUAAGACUAUACAGGCAUCGAGUCUGAAGUUUGGUUUUAUCGGCUUAGGACUGAUGGGUCAGCGACUUCUCAAGAAUUUAUUAAACUCCGGACAUCAGGUGACGAUUUGGAACCGAACGCCCAGCAAAUGCAAAGAUUUUUUGAAAGCUGGCGCUGUUAAGGCCACGACACCUGCUGAUGUGGUCGCCGCAUCCGAUAUCGUAUUUUCUUGUUUAGCUGAUCCACAUGCCGUCAAAGAGAUUGUAUUCGGCAAUUGCGGUAUUUUGGCCGAAAUUCGUUCACCRAAAGGUUACGUCGAGAUGACCACAAUAGACGCCGACACUAGUAAUGAUAUAUCCGAAGCUAUUUUGGCCAGAGGCGGUCGAUUUCUUGAGGCGCCACUUAUCGGUAGCGGUAAAUUGCAGGCCGAAGAGGGAAAUCUGACGGUUAUUGCUUCGGGAGACAAGUCUUUGUUUGACGAAUGCAAUUCCUCUUUCCAAGCGAUUAGUAAACACGCCUUCUAUUUAGGCAGUCAAGUGGGCGACGCCUCCAAAAUGAAUUUGAUUGUAUCGAUGCUGAUCGGCAAUCUGAUUGGUUCACUCGCUGAGAGUAUGGCACUGGCCGACCGAACCAAUCUAUCACAAAAAGAUUUACUCGAAAUCCUAUCCAUUUCUCCAUUAAACUGCGCCACUUUAAUCUCAAAGGGCAAGUCUAUGAUUGACGGCGGGUUUGCCACCGAAAUGCCGUUGACUCACAUGCAAAAAGACCUACGACUGGCACUACAGUUGGCCGAAGUCUAUGAGCACCCGAUCCCGAUCACCGCUUCCACCAAUGAAGUGUUUAAACACGCCAAACAUCUUGGCUAUAGUGAACACGAUGUGGCGGCCGUCUACAUCAGAUCCCGGUUCUAACGGGACGAGCAAAAAGAGAUGUAUACACAAUCACAUACUCUCUCUCAUCACUUGAACACAAAUGUUAUAAUUUGACGAAUAAUUCAUUAAUACAUUUGUUU